AGCCUCGCGUAGCCUUGCCAUUAGGGUAAAUCUCUAGCUUCAGCCUUGCGAAAUUUACAAGUCUACACAAAACUAAAUUUCAACCUCCACAAGAAAAUACCAAACGAUAUGAAGUUAUGGAGGUAUGCUCGUUUUCCAUAUCACAACAUAAUCUUACUGACACUCUAUAUAGAAAUCUACGGUAAGAUCUAACGACCAGAUGUCGUUAUUUCGCCCACCCGUCGUGCGCUCCGCAGCCGGAGUACUCGAUCGUGCUCUAUUUUCUAAAACUAUACCGAUUUCUGCAGCAAGACUAUUGAAUAAUAAGAUUAUAUCGAAAUGUCGAUCGCAAUUGACAAAGAGCAAGGAAAUACUGGUAGAAGAUAGAAUUGCACCUAUAAGAUCAGAUCCAGAUCCAGAAUUUGCGGCGAAAGGCGGAAAGUGUUUGCUUUUGAAUCCUAGAGUAAAGCAUGAUGGUAAACGGCCUUGGGGGUUUUAAAAAGAAAGAUCGCAUGCUUAUUUAUUUGGCAGAUCCCACCACUUGGAGUCCGAUUUUACAGGAGGCCGUGAAGGCACAGGAAUUGGGAGUUAUCCCGUUUGAUUUGACUUUGAAUUAUGAUCAUUGGAACUAUAGUACAUGACUCCUUGAAUCUUUACCACGUUUUCAGGGCUAAUUGCUGUAGUCGAUAUCAUGAAAUCUAUUCUUCCUGAGGAUGCUCAAGGAGAAAUUCCAGUCGGCUUUGCCAUUGUUGGGCAUGUUGGUAUUACUCCUCUUUCCAACCAUUUCAACCUCUCUAACAAUUCCAGCCCACCUCAACCUACAUGACGAGUACCUUCCUUACAAAAAUCUUGUUGCUUCCGUUCUCAUGGAUAAAAACCCCACCAUACGCACUGUCAUCAACAAAAUUGAUGACGUCGGCACCGUCUCUGAGUACCGGACUUUCUCUUAUGAAGUGCUGGCCGGCGAUGAUGAGAUGAAUGUUGAAAUUCGGGAAGGAGAUUGUACUUUCCGAUUUGAUUAUUCAAAGGUCUACUGGAAUAGUAGAUUACAAACAGAACAUAAGCGAUUAGUGGAUCUGUUUGAACCUGGUGAUGUGGUUUGUGAUGUUAUGGCGGGGGUGGGUCCAUUUGCUUUACCGGCGGGGAAGAAAGGGGUUUUCGUAUGGGCAAAUGAUUUAAAUCCAGAUAGCUAUAAGGCUAUGAAAGAUGCAGUGGUUAGGAAUAAGGUACGUCUUUCGCUUUCUCAAAAUUCACCCACUUUUCACAUGAUGAUGUAAUUAUCACGACGGUCAACAUAAACCACAAGUUGGUACAAAUUGAUGAGGAUGCCUUUGACAAGGCGCUUUAACCUGAUUCUAUACUUUAUACUUGCAUCCCAUCAAUUAACAGAACCGUGACUAACCCUAUCGCAGGUCGAAAAUUUCGUUCGCACAUUCAAUGAAGAUGGUCAUAAAUUCAUUCCCAAAGCCGCCGACGAUCUCCUUCAUCUCGCCUCCACAAAUCAAAAUAUCGUAACCAUCGCCCCUAAACGACCAUCACGCAGCGCUCCCACUCCGACUCAACCAUCUCCACCUCCAAAGACCAUCACCAUCCCCAACACCAUUUCACACUUUGUAAUGAAUCUCCCUGCUACCGCCAUAGAUUUCCUUCCCGCUUUCCAUGGUCUCUACCACACCUCUCAAGAUCUCUUUACCCCGCAUACCGAGGUAAAGUUACCAAUGGUACAUGUGCAUUGUUUUGCACCAAAGAACGAAGAUAAUGAAGCGGCCAACAUCGAAAUCUGUGAGAGGGUGAGUGAGAAAUUGGGAGUGAAGAUUGUACAGGGAGAUGAGCAUGAAACAAAGGUUUGGGAUGUAAGGGAUGUGGCGCCAAAGAAGAGGAUGUUUUGUGUUAGCUUUAGGAUACCGGCUGAGGUGGCUUUUGGGCAAAGGAGGGGUUAAGGAUUGGAGCUGGAGCUGAAGCUAGGGGUAAUUGAUAGUGAUGAGACGUGAUACGCAAGGAAAUCCAAAAAGAUCAUCAGACGCCUGUUUGGUCACAUAUAUUUGGAUAAUACAAGCAGUGUUCAUCUAUCAACCUAGGAUAAUAUCUGAUAGCAUACCAUACACAAAAACAGUAUACCAUGCUACGAUCAACAAAGUUAAGACCCCUGUAAUCUUACAUAUACUUCC